GGCCAAAGGAAGAAUUGGUUUUGGGGGUGACCAGAGAAAUAUACCUGCUGGAGCGUGUGCUACAGCAUGUGUAGGCUUACAGUGGUGGGACAAUGUUGGGGACCAACUGGUUCCUACAGGGAGGAGGUGGAUCAGUGAAACGCUUUGUACCUUGGCUCUCCCUUCAGUUCACCAGACAGCAGAAUGAAGAGCAGAGCUUCACACAAAGGGGAGACAUAAAUGAAUGAUCACUACUCCCCAAGUGCUCCAGUGGUUUUAGAAGUCAGAGUCCAAGACAAACUGAAAUCCUACCUUAAGAAGAAGUACGGCUGUAUAUACGAGGGGACGUCAAAGGAAGGGGAUUCCAUCUACCUAGACCAGAUCUACACUGAGCUCCAUGUGAUCGAGGGGGCCUGGGGAGGGGUCAGAGAUGAGCAUGAGGUCAUACAUCUGGAAUCUAGAACACCAGCCACAGGAGAGACCACUAUUGAAGCCUACAACAUUUUCAAACCCCGACCUGGUCAAAAGAAGCCAAUCAGAACAGGGCUUACACUGGGCAUCGUUGGUGUAGAAAAAGACUGUCUCCGUUCAGAAGUUUAUUCACGACUGGGCAGAAGGAAAGGAGAGCCAAGACAUUGAUUUCAUCUUUCCGCUUCCUUUUUUCCAAAUGAAUUCUAAUAUGAGGGAAAAGGACUGCAGUCUUCAUCAAUUCUUCAGUGUCAUGGGACCGGUGAAGACCCUGGGGGGUAGGUUUUAAAGUUAAUCUUUGAUGGUCUGGACGAGAGUCAACUUCCUCUGAACUUCAACAGUAAGGUUCUGACAGACGACACAAAGCCAGCCUCGCUGGACCAACUGAUCACAAACCUCAUCACAGGAGAGCUCCUCCCCUCUGCUCUCAUCUGGAUAACCUCCCGACCUGCUGCAGCCAAUCAGAUCCCUCGUCAACACAUCCACCAGUGGACAGAGGUACAAGGGUUCAAUGACCCACAGAAGGAGUACUUCAGGAAGAAAAUGAGUGAUGAGAACCUGGCCAGCAGAAUCAUCACCCAUGUCAAGUCAUCAAGGAGCCUCCACAUCAUGUGCCACAUAGCAGUGUUCUGUUGGAUUUUAGCCGCUGUUCUAGAGAAGCUGUUGGAUGAAGCAGGGAGUGGAGAUUUGCCCAAAACCCUGACCGAGACAUACUUACACUUCCUGUUCUGUCAGACAGACAGGAUAAGAGCAAAAGGGAAUUCCAUAGGAAGUGACAACAUAGUCCUCAAACUUGGAGAGCUGGCAUUUCAUCAGCUGGAGAAGGGAUAUCUUAUCUUCUAUGAGGAAGACCUGACAGAGUGUGGCAUUGGAGUCAGAAAAGCAUCCGUGUACUCAGGUUUGUGUACCUAGAUCUUUAAGGUGGAGGGGAGGACCAGUCAGAAGACAGUGUUCAGCUUUGUUCAUCUGAGCAUCCAUGAGUGUCUUGCUGCUGUUUAUGUGUUUCUCACAUUCAUAAACUGAAAUAAAAACCCACUGGUCCAACAGAACUCCUUUUUGCAGAAAGUGUGGAAACACCAACCUAUGGUGAACUUAGUCAAGAGUGCAGUGGACAAGGCCCUAAAGAGUAAGAAUGGACACCUGGACCUGUUCCUCCGUUUCCUUCUGGGCCUCUCACUGGAGUCCAAUCAGACUCUCCUACAAGGCCUACUGACACAGGCAGGAAGCAGCUCACAGACCAGUGAGGAAAUAGUUGAGUACAUCGAGAUGAAGAUCAGGAAGAAUCCCUCUCCUGAGAGAUGCAGCAAUCUGUUCCACUGUCUGAGUGAGCUGAAUGACCAUUCUCUAGUGAAGGAGAUCCAAAGAUACCUGAGCUCAGGAAGUCUCUCAGCAGCCAAACUGUCACCUGCACUGUUUUCAGCUCUGGUGUUUGUGUUGCUGACUUCAGAAGAAGAGCUGGAUGUGUUUGACCUGAAGAAAUACUUUAGAUCAGAGGAGGGUCUUCUGAGGAUGCUGCCAGUAGUCAAAGCCUCCAGAACAGCCCUGCUGAAUCAAUGUAACCUCUCAAACCGAUGCUACAAAGCGCUGGGCACAGCUCUCAUCUCCUCACACUUGGAAGAGCUGGACCUGAGUGGCAACGACCUGCAGGAUUUAGGAGUGAAGCUGCUCUCUGCUGGACUGCAAAGUCCACAAUGUAAACUGGUGACACUGAAAUGCCUGUCAUCUGACACUGGAGCCAAACACAGCACACAGAACCCUCUCUCUGUCUGAGGAGAACAGGAAGGUGGAAUGGACCUGGAGGGAGCAGCCGUAUUCUGAUCACACAGAGAGUUUUGAGGACUGUUGAGGUGCUGUGUAGAGAGGGUCUGACAGGGUGCUGCUACUGGGAGGUAGAGUUGAGUGGGAGGGCUUGUAACAUAUAAAGGAAUCAGCAGGAGAGGAAAGGGUCCUGACAGUCGGCUUGGAGCCAAUGACAAGUCCUGGAAUCUGAACAGCUUUUAUGACAGUUACUCUGCCAGGCACAAUUAUACGAGAACUGACAUACCUGUCCCCUCCCCCCGCUCCAACAGAGUGGGAGUGUAUCUGGACUGGCCGGCCGCCACGCUGUCCUUCUACAGCGUCUCCUCUGACACACUGACCCACCUGCACACAUUCCACUCUACAUUCACUGAUUCCGUCUACUCAGGGCUUUAUGUAAGGGGUGACACAGGGACUGUGACCCUGUGUCAGGUAGAAUAACCUCCUGUGUCCUGGAGGAACACCUGAGUCUUCAGAGAAGUCAUACUCCUGUUCAAUCACAUCUGGGUGACAUGAUGGGAUAUGUUUCACUCUAAUCAUGACCUGACUGAGCAAGUAAACAUGAAUAUACCGUACAUCUCUAAAGUUGACUGACCGUGUAACUAGAAUCACUGCUGUAAAAACCUCCCAUUUAAAAUCUCUAGUUGUUAUUGCUUUUCCUUAUUGUUUGUAAUAAAAUGUUUCUAGAAUGUUCUUUUUUUUACGUUCUACUUUUAGAUACAGUAAGCAUAGGUGCUGUUGGCGUCUUUCAAUAUUUUACUAAAGUAGGAGACAUAGUACAUACCACAGGAGGCUGGUGCACCUAAACUGGGGAGGACGGGCUCGUGGUAAUGACUGGAGAGGAAUCAGUAGAAUGGUAUCAAAUAACUUAAUGCCAUUCCGUUUACUCCAUUCCAGACAUUAUUAUCCGCCGUCCUCCCCUCAUCAGCCUCCUCUGGUACAUAGACUUAUUUGAUAUUAUUGAGAGACUGAGGCACAAGGCAGUGAGCAGCAAUAGGUUUGUGAACGGACUGUAAGGUGCUAGAAUUACAGUACAUGAAUGGGCAAGGGUAAACAUCACUUCAUAGGCCUGUUAAGUAGUAUGCAAGUCCAGAUCAUUUCUGCAUCUAGAAGAGGAGGUAAGAAGUACACUGCAGACCUGGUUUGGUAUGUGUGUGUGUGUGUGGAUCAAUGCUGUGUCUUCACUGAGAUUACUUUGAUAGAGUUGGAAUGGGAAUUCUGGGAGAUGAAUCAAAGUGAAGGGGCGCAGACUCCCGGCCCGUGCCAGUCGAUAUGGUGGCGUGGUUAAUUCGCCUAAGGAAUGCUGUCAUUAAGCUAAUGAUAAACGGUGUUUGCCCUGGUUUUAGCCGCGAGCAUGCCCCUGCUCACAAAGAAAAAUAGUGUUCGACCCGUGGUCUCUAAUUCACAGUGGGGGGUGAGGGGUGCCACAUAAAUCAAACCUCUGCCUCAGUCCCACUCUGACAGGACAGGAGAGCCUCAGCAGAUUGGGUUGUGGAGAUAUUCGUGUGUGUGUGUGUGUGUGUGCGCGCGCGGGGGAGAGUUCUUCAUGUGUAAACUGUGAAACAUGACACUAGGUUGUAAUUACUUCAAACCAGACACUUUGUUUUUGUAAUGUAUUUUAUUAAAUGACAGCCUUUUAUUAAUCUGGA